CCUGAUUUUCUGGCGGGACGUUGAAAGCUCGAGUCGUCCGUCCAUGGCUAUUGCCAGAGGGUUUGGAUUCUCAUUCCGACCCCAUUUUCCUCGCCGAACUUCUCUUCUCCACCGCGUUCGAAACCUAAAUGUUCGGCUCAACCAUGUUGCCGCAGUUGAACCAGUAGACGAGCCGGAGAGCUUCGUUAAAGACAAUAACGAUCAGAAUUCGGUUAAUUCCAGUAGAAGAGGCGGUUCUAAGUCGGUGGAAUGGAAGAAAUUGAGUUCGAAAGACCUUGGAAUUAGUAACUCUAUGAUUACAAAGCCUACAAGAGUCGUUUUGAAUGGGCUGAAAAGAAAAGGAUUUGAUGUUUACCUUGUGGGAGGUUGUGUACGCGAUCUUAUUCUAAAGCGAACUCCAAAGGACUUCGACAUAAUCACCUCUGCUGAGCUUAAGGAGGUAGUGAGAACAUUUUCUCGAUGUGAAAUAGUUGGACGACGGUUUCCCAUCUGCCAUGUCCACAUUAAGAACAUGAUUGUGGAGGUAUCAAGUUUUAGCACCCGUGCCUCGUCCAGUUUUUCCUUCGAAAGUCCUAUGGAUUGUGAUGAUAAGGAUUACAUCCGCUGGAGAAAUUGCUUGCAGCGCGAUUUUACAAUAAAUGGGUUGAUGUUUGAUCCAUAUGCAAAUUUAGUGUAUGACUACAUGGGAGGAGUGGAAGAUAUUAGAAAAGCUAAAGUGCGAACUAUAAUUCGUGCAAGUCUUUCCUUUCUAGAGGAUUGUGCUCGAAUUCUACGUGCUAUGAGGAUUGCUGCCCGUUUAGGAUUCCGCUUUACAAGGGAGACAGCCCAAAGUAUAAAAAGUUUAUCAUGUUCAGUUCUAAAGCUUGACAAGGGAAGGAUUCUCAUGGAAAUGAAUUACUUGUUAGCAUAUGGUUCUGCUGAAGCUUCAUUGAGGUUAUUAUGGAAAUAUGGUCUUCUUGAAAUACUUCUACCAAUCCAGGCAGCAUAUUUUGUUCAGCAAGGUUUUAGGAGACGUGACAAAAGAUCAAACAUGCUUUUAUCUUUGCUUUCUAACAUGGACAAACUUUUGGCACCUGACACACCUUGUCACAGUAGCUUGUGGGUUGUUAUCUUAGCAUUUCAUAAAGCGCUCUCAGACCAUCCUAGAGAUCCUUUGGUGGUUGCUGCAUUUAGCCUUGCGGUUUACAAUGGUGGAGAUGUGUCAGAAGCUAUAAACAUAGCUAGGAAGAUCUCUAUACCAUGUGAAAUGAGCUUUUAUGAAUUGUUGCAACCCCAGAAGAUGGGCUUCAAGGUGUUAAAAGAUGAGGUUAUGGAUCUGGCUUCAUCAGUUAAAUGUUUUCUGACUAACAUGACUGAUGAAUAUUUUGUCUCGCAAGCAAUGUCCAUGUAUGACAAAGCACCAUUCUCAAAUUUGGUUUUUAUACCGCUAGGACUGUACUCAAGAGCGUGUAGGAUUUUUGAGUGUGCAAUGGAGGGUGGUAAAGAAAAGGGUUUUGUUCCUAAACAAGGAAGAGAGAUCGAUUAUGAGUUGCUCGCUGAAGGUAACUUGAAGGAAGUUCGACAUGUGUUUGCACGGGUUGUUUUUGAUACUGUAUUCCCUAUAAACUCAGGACGUGAUGAUAGCUAGAGAAGUUUAAGUUUCAUGGUACAGAGAAAUAAAAAAAAGAAAAAAUAGCGCUGUGCCAAACAUAAAUUGAAAUGACAAGAAAUAUAUAUUGAUCAUUCUUAUUCUUUAGUA